CACAAGGAGUUGAAGUGAAAAGAAUGGCAUUUCCAAGUCUUCCACUACUUGUACUACUUGUUGCAGCUUCCUCUGCAACUGCAAUAUCUGUUCAACAAAACUUCAUCCAAUGCUUAGAUGCCAAUUCUGAUCAUCCCAUUCCCAUCUCUGCUAUUUGCUCCCAAACCAACUCUUCGUUCACUUCUCUCCUCAACUCCACCGCACAGAACCUCCGGUACUUGUCGCCUGCGGUGCCGAAACCCGAAUUCAUCUUCGUCCCUUUAUACGAGUCCCAUGUCCAAGCCGCUGUUAUUUGUGCACAAAAGCUUGCAUUUCACCUGAGAUUCCGCAGCGGAGGCCAUGACUAUGAGGGCUUGUCUUAUGCAUCCGAAAUCGAGACGCCUUUCAUCUUGUUAGAUCUCGGGAAGCUUCGAUCGGUUAAUGUCGAUAUCGAUGACAACAGUGCUUGGGUGCAGGCUGGUGCCACGGUGGGUGAAGUUUAUUAUAGGAUCUCUGAGAAAAGCAAGGCUCAUGGAUUCCCUGCUGGUCUAUGUUCAAGUUUAGGCAUAGGUGGACACAUAACAGGGGGUGCAUAUGGUUCCAUGAUGAGGAAGUAUGGUCUCGGUGCUGAUAAUGUCCUCGAUGCCCGAAUCGUCGAUGUUAAUGGCAAAAUUCUCGACCGAGCAUCGAUGGGAGAAGAUCUUUUUUGGGCAAUCAGAGGAGGCGGAGGAGCAAGCUUUGGGAUCAUCCUCGCGUGGAAGAUAAAGCUUGUUCCGGUUCCGGAAACCGUGACUGUUUUCACCGUGCUCAAAACCUUGGAACAAGGUGCCACAAAGACCCUCUAUAGAUGGCAACAAGUUGCAGAUAAGCUUGUUGAAGAUCUUUUCAUCAGAGUCAUGAUUCAAGUGACAAAAGCAGGCCAGAAAGGUGAGAGAACAAUCACAACAUCCUACAAUGCCCUGUUUCUCGGAGACGCCGAGACGCUCCUCCGAGUAAUGAACGAAAGCUUCCCGGAGUUGGGAUUGACGCGUAAAGACUGCAUCGAAACGAGCUGGAUAAAAUCCGUGCUCUACAUAGCCGGUUUCCCUAGUGAAACACCUCCGGAAGUACUACUACAAGGAAAGUCAUUAUUCAAAAACUACUUCAAAGCCAAAUCCGAUUUCGUGCAACAACCGAUCCCCGAAACCGGCCUCGAAGGCCUAUGGGAAAGGUUGUUGAAAGAAGACUCCCCGUUGAUGAUAUGGAACCCGUACGGAGGAAUGAUGGCGAACAUUUCGGAAUCCGAAAUUCCGUUCCCUCACAGGAAAGGUAACUUGUUCAAAAUCCAGUACGUGACGUCAUGGUACGACGGAAGUGACGAGGACAAGAUAAAGCACAUGGAUUGGAUCAGGGGGCUGUAUGAUUACAUGAGUGCUUAUGUUCCUACAUCUCCAAGGGCAGCAUAUGUGAAUUACAGGGACCUCGACUUGGGAAUGAACCGCAACAAGAGCGGCAGCUUGGCCGAGGCCAGUGCUUGGGGAGACCGGUACUUCAAGGGGAAUUUCCGAAGAUUGGUGCAAGUGAAGAGCAAGGCUGAUCCGGACAAUUUUUUCAGGCACGAGCAGAGCAUCCCGGUUGUGCUUGAGCAGGGCCAGGGUUAGAUCGGAUAGAUUGUCCUUGUUCAGUUCUUUGCCGAUUCCAAGAAAGUAAAUUAAUAGGCUUGUAUUGUCUGUCCUUCGCUUUAAUUUUAUUAAAGUUUUGUUCUACGUGUUUCUGAAUCCUAUCUUUGUUUCCUCCACUAACAAGCCAGGCCCCUCA